CGUCCCUCUCUUCUACCACCUCAUCUUCUCUUCCUCUUCCUACCCCUCCGACGUUGUCGUCUUCCGUCUUCAACCCUGUUCCUGCAUCUCGCCUUCUCCAACUGUCCCCUCACCCCAUCUCGGUCGCCAUCCACUGGCGUACGUGUUGUGCGUGUGUGCGUUCUCUGCCUGAGGUUUGACUUUGCUUCCGUCCAUCUCUUCCCAACGCCGUCCUGCUUCCCAACCCAACGGUCCUAGCAGUUUCGCCUUUUUUGCUUUUUUUCGGUCCUGCAGGGCUUGCUUCUCUCUGGGCAAGAGUUUGUACUAAACGAUCAAAUCCUCUGGUCGUUCCUCGGCUCUCAAUCUGCACGAAUCGUUAUUUCGAUUGAUACUUUCCCCCCUCCAAUCGCUGCCUUUUUUCUCGCGCCUUUGGGAAACAACGCGACUUCAUCUCUCCGUUGUUCAUUACUCUCGUCACAAAUCCGAAGUAACGCUUGCGUCCACGACGGAUAAUACCGGGAUAAAGCGUUUUUCGCUUGGCAUCUACCGCCGUCCCUGUGUCCAUCGUCUGUUAGACUGCCCGGCGACGCUUCUCUUAGCUCAGCUAGUUUUCCUGCAUCGGUGAGCUAGCUCUCCGAAGAUUGUGGUUCCGAGUGCUUCAUAAUUUUGGAACUGAGCUAUUGCGAUCAAACGUCGAAUCUUCCUUGUCACGAAGACCUUGUCGAACGUGCUCGAGCGAUACCUUUGAAAGUAUCGACGUCGAAUCCUACUCAGUGAAAUAAAAAAAGAAAAAAAUUUUGACGGCUAUAUCGAUGCAAACUUGGUACUAAGCGAUUUUUUUUUUCAUCGCCAAGUGCUUAGUUUACGAACGUCACAGAAGAAUUAAAGACCCUCUUUCCAAUUUCGUCUUCCUCACCGCGCCUCCCGUACAUUCGAAGAACGACCUACUCGGGGGCUCAUAGAUCUGGUGGAGUUACAAAAGGGCGGAAGUUGGUCCAUCUGAUUUUCCCUCCUUGUGCAGGAGCAGUUUGGCCUUAAAUCGGCGCGCUCAUCUUUUGGCUCUUUUUACCCCCUUGGGGCUUGCCAAAACAGGCUUCGUUCUCUGGCAGAACGUUUUGUUUAUAUCAUACCCUCCAUUUUUCUGAGGUUAUCCCAAUCCGGGUACAAUGGCCGCAGUGAGCGCUAAAUCCGAGAUGCCUGUAUUUUCAUACGCCCAGGCUGCUAAGGGCUUGUCUUCAACACAGCCAUCAGCGAAGACAUCUUCGGUAGAACCAACAAAGGCAGCAUCGACGACAGAUGAACCGGACCCGGCUGCUAGCCGUGAGGCAAAACCAGAGGUCUUAUCCUCUGAGACUGAGGCACCGCGCGAAGCGGAGAAGACUGCUGUCAACGUGGAUAGGGAAUCAGAGUCUGCUAGUCAAAAUCCCAAUAUGAAAUCUGCCGUGUCGGGGUCAUAUUCCCCUAGCGUCGGCACCUCUUCCACAAUCAAGGAUGACGAUAGCUCGUCCAUACCUAAUGGCACUUCGGAGUCGACGUGGGAUAAGCAGUCCCAGGCCUCGGGAACUGAGAAGCCGGCCAGUCGAACAGAAGAUGCCAAGGAGAAGACUGGUUCUGUCGCUGAAAAGAACGCCCCUCCUAAAGAGCUAAAGGCCGCCCCUAUUCCUGCAGUGAACAUCUGGAAACAGCGGAAAGAGGCACAAGAUGCGAAGGCGAAGGCUUUGGCAGCUCUCAAACCCGCUGCUUCUGCUUCGAAGACACCAAGGACCACACCAUCUGCGGCUUCCCCAUCCGGUGAUGCCCAGCAAGAUCAGUCUAAGUUAGCUUCUAAGAAGAAGGGAGCCGACGUCGAUGGUGGCAAUGCGGGAUCCAAAGAUCGCAAGAAGACUGACGGAGGAAAGGGUCGAGAUGAUGUUUUGGCAAUUCCACCUGUGGCAGAUGCCAGCUUGUGGCCUACCCCGCAGGUCGCGCAAGGCGAAGAGAAGAGAAAAGCCCAAGAAAAGACGGAAAAGACCGAGAAACCGGAGAAGAGCCCCGUCAUUAGGCCGCAUGGGAAGGAGAAAUGGACCCCUGUUCAUUACGUGCCGUCUGCCGUCUUCAACACCCCUCUGCCAUCCGCUGCUCGCAGAGGCCCGAGAGCUACUCGGGGUGGCAGAGAUGGCGGUCGUGGUGGAGCUGGUGACAAGACUGCUUCUGGACAAAUAGCCCAUGGGUCUACCGCAAAGCACGCUCCCUCGGCUGACAGGGGAAGGAAUGAACCAAAUGGCGUACGGGCAAACACCGUUACUGGUCAGUCCCGGCGAUCGAACAGUGCCGAUGCCGCAUCCCAAUCCGAGUCGCGUAAAGUGUCUCAAGCAGCGGAUCGCGGCCGUGGUGAAGCCCGAGCUAAGGGCAACGAGGACACGAACGCUGUGGCGGUUGGCCGCCAUCUUAAUGGUGGUGAAGCCUUCUCGCGACAUCACAAACCUUUCCCAAGGAACCAUGACUCCACCUCCCAGAAAGGCACUGACCAUGGUAAAGGCAACUCUCAUCUCUCUGGCGACUCGCCGCGCACUGGCUUGAGCCAAGAACGUCGCCUUGGAAAUACCUCUCAGUCGGCAGAUUUCCAGAACCGUGAUUAUUCCCAAGCGGAUACCCAUGGCAAAGAUUUCCAUAAAGACAGGGACCACCAAAGGGAACGUGGUGAGCCGCGUUCCGAGAGAGGUAGAGGCAGCCACAGGGGUCGUGGAAGUCAUUCGACCUAUCCUGUCCACCACAACUCGCAAUUCUCCAAUACACACAUGCCGCACCAGUCUUUCGUUCCUCAGAAACAAUAUGGUUUCGGUGAUCGCCGAUCGCACUACGGGCCUUCGAAUGGCACACAACGAAGUCACGGGUUAUCCUUGAGGUCCCCCUCCGUGCCUACAACGCCUGCUGCCGUAUAUGGUGUCUAUCCUUUCCCUCCAGAUGUUAAUGCCAUGUAUGGCUAUCCUUUCAUGCCAGCAGCUCCGAUGAGCGCAGUGCCUUACCAACAGUAUAUGGAGCCGUUUUCUCUCAUGAGCAUGAUUUCGAUGCAGCUUGAAUACUACUUCUCGGUGGACAACCUCUGUAAAGACCUGUUCCUCCGCAAACACAUGGACUCCCAAGGAUUCGUUGCUUUGAGCUUUGUUGCUGGGUUCAAGCGGAUGAAAUCUUUAACCGAAGAUUUCGAGCUUCUUCGUCAUGUCUCCCGUCAACUUCGGAAUGUUGAACACCUAGUAGGCGGCGAUGGAAUCGAUAGACUUAGGCCGAGAGAGAGGUGGGAACAGUGGGUGCUUCCUCUCGAGCAACGUGACCCCUCGGCCCAGAAUGAAGGACCCCCUCCGCCGACGAAGCUAGAUGAGAACAUUGUGCCGCUGAACCAGAUUGAUGGAGAACCAGCUGCUUAUGCGGGUGCCAACGGAUCAGUUUCGCAUGUACCUAGCAAGUCCCAGCCCAAUGGCACGAGCGGGUCUCGCGCUUCGGGAUCACCGCUGUCGUCGGCUGCCCCGGAGUUUUUGCCCUCCAAGCCUGUUCCGUCUCAGAAUGAGGAUGAAAAUCGGGCGGAUUAGCGGUAUCUUCGGAGAAACCCAUUCUCUGUCCUACUAGGAUGUCGGUCUGUUCCGGAAGUUUUGAUGUAAGAGAGCAAUGUCGCAGUUCGAUCGAUUCUAAGAUGGCUGAUGGAACCGCUGGGACUGGCUGUCAUAUACCGAUUUUCUGGUUGCAUGACCGAGAUAUCCCGCAUGAAACCCUACAACCUGAUUUUGUCCAUGAAUAUUACAGUGAUUUUCGAAAACGAGCUCUUGCAAAGAGAGAUUUAACGUUGAUCCAAGAUGGCGACUGUGAUAUGGAAGUUCUCUACCAAUUCUGGUCGCAUUUCUUGGUUUCAAAUUUCAACGAACAAAUGUACAAUGAAUUUAGGUGUCUAGCGCUUGACGACCUUUCUGCACGAAAUAACUACAAUGGGUUCAACAGGCUUAUUGAGUUUUACGGUUCUUCUUUGUGUGGCGAUCGCCUUAUCCCUGGUGAAGCCGCUCAAGACCUGGUUGACCUCGUUAGGAAACAAUCCAGUAAUCACGGUCGAAGCCUCGCAUUACAUACUCUUCGUUCAGCUUGGAGGGAUGGUUCUCUCAGCCGGAAGAAUCGCGAAAGGAUUGAUAGUGUCCUCGAUGCUGGUCUGAGAGCCGAGCUGGAAAAGUGAUUUUGUUUUGAGUUUUCUUUCUGUUUUUCCCUUUUUUUCAAUGUCUUCAUUUCGUCCACUGUUCAGCUGCUAUUUAUCAUGACUUGCAUUUAUUUCGUCGCCGUUUUGCAUCCGCCUUUACUGGGUUGUGGAAUCGACAAUCUCUCAGAAGCGGAUUGUGGUGUAUGCACUUUCGGAGCGUCGAGUCUCUUUCUUCCGUUUCGCUUCAGCCAUGGGAGGUUUUUCCUAAAAAGUUCCUGGAGUCCGGACGUGGUUUACUGAGAAGUAUCACCACAAGAUUUUGAUGCUUCCUUUCUCGGUGCACCGGGCCAAAAUCGUUUCCCACGACCAUAAAAUUUUUCUGUUCGAUUUGAAUAUUUUCGAAAUCAAGGCCGUCAGUUUCUUCCCGCGCCUGGUCUUAGCGAGCAUAAACAUGAAACAACCAGAGAAAGAAAAAAAAAAGUCAUAAAGAAAAGGAAAAGUCUCGAUUCAGACAUGUCGCCGCUGAUUUGCAGGCGGACAAGAUCCUUCCCUUCGCCAUAUUUUAUGGACUGUUAUGUACGAGGAAUUACCGGGUGAAACGAAUCUGCCUUGGCUUCUUUUUCCCUAUUUUUAGAUAGAGCCUUAUCAGAUAUGUCUGAUGGGCCAUUUAUUAUUAUGAUUAUUUUUUUUUUUUUUCUCUCUUUAUCGUGGACAUGUUGGUCAAAGUGUUCUGAAGCGCGCUGUUCAUUUCCACUGUUUUCUGUUCUCUUUCUGACCCUGCGCGGGCUAUUUUUGGCAUAAAAAAUACUUAAACUGUGAUUCUGUGUGUUAUUACCGUGUGCAUAUUUGGUGUAAUCGGAUUCUUUUUUAUUUCUUUUAUCUUUUUUGCUUUACUUAUGUACGGUGUACGUAAAUCAAUGGACAAGAUUGGAGUCUGGUACGUAUAUUAUUAUUGCUUCCAAG